AUGCCUUUUUUAGUGAUCCAGCAAACUAACGGCCACCUAACUAACUACUCAUCCAGCAGCAGCAUGUCUGCAGGAGCGGUACCGAUCAAGCAUGUUACCGUCGUUGGUGGCGGAGUGAUGGGAUCGGGUAUAGCAUUGAUAACGGCGGCCAAUGGGUACCGGGUGACGGUGGUAGAUUUGAACGAGCAAGUGCUGGCAGCGGCGCAGCGUCAGCUGGAGAAGGACAUGAAACGAACGGCCAUGCACGUCACGAAGGGUGACAAGGAUGCGGCACAAGCAUUCUUCGUGGCAGCCUGGGCACGGGUCAGUUUCAGUGUCGAUCUGGAGAAGUCCGUUACAUCGACCGAUUUGGUGAUUGAGGCCAUCGUGGAAAAGCUGGACAUAAAACAAACCCUCUUCAAAGCCCUCGAUCAGAUUGCCCCGGCGCACACCAUUUUGGCCAGCAACACUUCGUCGCUGUCGGUGGCGGAGAUCGGGUCCUUGACCCAGCGCCAGGACCGUGUCGGUGGGUUACACUUCUUCAAUCCCGUCCCACUGAUGAAGCUGGUUGAAGUGGUUCGAACCGAUCACACAUCCAGCGGCACGGUCGAGGCACUGCUGGCGUUCGGAAAGAGUCUUCGCAAAACGUGCAUCACUUGUAAGGAUACACCCGGGUUCAUCGUUAACCGUUUGCUGUUCCCGGUAACAUCGGAGGCACUGGCGAUGGUCGAACGGGGUGACGCUACGCCGCGCGACAUCGAUGUGGCGAUGAAGCUGGGCCUCGGACAUCCGAUGGGACCGUUCGAGCUGAUGGACAUCGUCGGGCUCGAUACGAUUCAGAAUAUUCAGGCCGAACGACAAGCGCGAAACCCGGGUGACUUCAAACCCAGUGCCCUGGUGAGCGACAUGGUGAAGCAGAAUAAGUUGGGCUUGAAAACGGGUGAAGGCUUCUAUAGCUACAAAUAA